AUGUCUUAAAAAUUGAGAAUAUUUGUGUGCCUCCUUGUAUGAUUAUUUUAUGUAAUUAGUUCUUAAUUCUUAACGUUGAUUUUAUUUCUAGUGGACGAGAUGAAACAACUAGCAGAGGCAUUAUUGCAGUGUAAAUCAUUCAGAGAGCGACAAGAACGUCUGAGUGAAUCUCUGGAUCAACUGUCAUUCAACUAUCCUGAUCUAUACACUGUGUUAUAUAGAGAGAUGAAAAAAAGAGAACUGGACGCUAAUGAUCCAAAUAAAAUUACUAAAUGGUUAAAAAAUCCAUCGUCAAAAUCAUUUGUAAGACUUCAUGAAGCAUUGAUAUUGGUAAAAAAUAACAACAUAAUGGCCAAAGAGGAGUACACGUACAAUUUAAGACGUAUGCUAAGCCAAACAAUUGAAAAUGGUACCAACAUUGAGGCUGCAGUGAAAAUAUGCCAUUUGAUUGAGAGAUCACCAAACCUAACCGUUAUUCACGAGAAUUUGAAACAUCUAAUUCGCCAAGUAAGUCAUCUGAACAACAAUCAACGCCACAUGCCGACAGAAACCUUGACAGAAAGCUUUUGGCCAAAUUAUUUUAGACCACCACAAGCAGACCGUUUCCAAACAUUUAAUAUUCGGCCUACUCAACUCGAAAACACACCGGUUUGGCCAAACAUUUUGCAACCGACAAAUUUAAAUUCUGUUCCUGGUCUACCACACUUUAGAAUGGAAUGUUUUGGCUACAACCAUUUGGAAAUGAUUGCAAAGACUAACAGUUCCACGGCUUUGGGAGACUCGCAGUCAUUAAACGACCUGACGAUUCUCGAUCAAGAAAUGGAUGGAGCAGUUGCUAAGUGGCUUUACUACUUGAAACUACAUAAAUACCAAUGGUUCUUCAACAGCCUCAGUUAUCUGGAAAUUGAAUUCAUUGAUGAGGACAAUAUUGAUGAUUUCAUAGCUAAAGUUAACAAAAAUACCAUUACAAAAGGGGCACAAAAAAAGAUAUGCUUAUCGACAAAGGCAUUGAGGGAUCGGUCACAAAAGUUGAACCACUUAUUAUUGACUUUGGAUUUGGAAGUUACUCCAAAUGAACUGUGUGAAUUCAUGUCGUACAUGCGAGAUAUAUUACAUUAUCCCAUACCGAACAAGAAUUGUGUGGUUGGCGACCAAUUACAACAAGACAUAGUCCUUGUCAUGGAGAAACUGCUAAAUCAACUGCUAGAAAAACUUGGUAAGGUUCGUUCUUUAGUCGCCCAGAGUCUACUCGGAAUGUCUAUCAAUAAAUACUUGGAAUGCACCUUAUUAAUAAUCGGCAAUCAAACAUUCAUGAAACAGCAAAUUGACAAGUCAUUGAUGUUUGCCGAAACUUUAAAAUAUAGAGUCCACAGAAUUCCUAGAAAUUUUAACUAAUGUUUUCAUUAUUAUUCAAAAGCUUCAUAUUACAUAUGUAUAUUUUAGUUUUAUUAUUAUUGUUUGUGACUGA